AUGUUCCUUUGUACAAAUACUAACUUAUUUUAUAGGCAGGGUUUGCUAACGCGUUACAGAAGGACAACUUUGACAGUAACAGUAACUGUUUUUGUAGUACUGCUGCUUUAUACUAAUUUACACAUUGACAAUAGAAUAGACGAGACAAAAGAGUUAGAUAAAGGUAAUUUGAAAUCAAUAUGACACAUAAUUUACAGUACUGUAUUACAAAUCUCUUAAGAGUACGGUAGCUUAGUAUAGGGCAAGAUAAGUAGGUUAGAGUAAAGCAGGGUAGAGUACAAUUGGACUCAGAAUACGGUAGGGUCUAGAGUACAGUAAAGUCUAGGAUGCGGUAGAGCCUAGGGUAGUUAAGGCGUAAUACAGUAGAGCUUUGGGUAGAGUGGGUAAGGUAAAAUGGGGUAGGGUAGCGUAGGGUAGGGUAGGGUAGGGUAGGGUAAGGUAAGGUAGGGUAGGGUAGGGUAGGGUAGGGUAGGGUAGGGUAGGGUAGGGUAGGGUAGGGUAGGGUAGGGUAGGGUAGGGUAGGGUAGGGUAGGGUAGAAAUUUUUUACCUCUUACCAUUUUCAGUAUGUUCAAUAAAGAAGAUUGAUAAGUUAAAACAAAAGAAAGGUUUAUUCUGUGAUGAUCAAUGUACUUCAUGGAGCUCGACGUUAUCAUUAAAUUCACAUGCAUUACCUAGUCAACCUGAAAAGCUAAACAGUGUUUGCCAAGGAGAAGACGCUGUAAACUGCGUCCAACCUUUUAAAACAAUUCUAUCUGAUCUUCAAUACUUUUGGGUAAGGUUUUGACUUGUUUCGAAUCAUAGGCAGAGCAUUUGUAUGGGCUCCGGCUUGUGCUUUUACACGUUUUGCUUGUGAACUCUUUCGUUGCGGGACCUAAGCUAAGUCUCUAGGAUCUUGUUAAAGGCCCAGGCGCUCGAGCCCACGUGUCCGACCUGGCCUUUUCAAACUUUCUUCGACUUGGCCCAACUCGGCACAAAGCCAAGCCGGACUGGUCUUGAAGGUUCAGUGCUAAAUUUUUGAAUAAAAUUGCAUAAUUGUUUAGAAACUAAAUCCUGCAAAGACUUUACUAUGUACAAUACCAAAAACCAGUUCACAGUUACUAAACGCUGUUAUGUGUUUGUUGAAUAACGAAACAGACUUCUUCUACAAUGCCAAGUCAUUUUUUGGACAAUACUACACUUUGUAAGUUUGAAUUUUUAAUUUUUUUACAAUGGAACUUCUGUAUAACGAAUUAGUUAAAAAUUUGAAAUUUUUUCGUUAUAAGAAAGUUAUGUUAUACUGUAUUAUAGCGUUCUAAAUAAAUAAUACUAAACACUUUCUAUCUUUAAGAGCAUGUAGCGACAACCGUAUCCACGACAUUGACGCACCGAUAAACACAAAUGAAGACGACGUUCGAACGUGGGACAAACUUACAGUAGUCCGAGACCCCGUCGAUCGCUUCUUAAGCGGUUUUCUUUUUGCAUGUGUGCGCGGAGUGGACUACGAGACCAGCUGUACUAGGUAUUGUCAUGGUUGUGGUGCCAACCUAACUUGUUUUGUUGAUAGACAAUACGAAGAAAUGAUGAGGUUGAGUCGAGGAGAGCACGAUAAAGUCGACUUUUUGAUACAUCAUCAAUACCCACAAACCUGGCGGUGUGGAAUGAAUAGGUUUAAAAAUGUAAGUGAAGAUUUGCUGUUUAAAGCUUGUUGUAGUAUAUAUUAGGUUGAAGUGGGACAAGACUUUUAUUUUUCAACUAUAAACUGUCCCGUUACUUUUGGUUUUACCAGGAACGUCGCUACAAAUUUUCUCUGGGGGGUCAAUCCAAACCACCCCCCCCCCUCCCCCCAAACGACGUCCUUGGGUCCAAUCUAAUAAAAAAAUGUUACCUAAAUAUCAAAUUUCAGGACUACACAAUCAUAAAAUACAACUCCAACCCAAAGGUUUUUGUUCCACAAAUUCUUGAUUACCUAAAAUCCAAAAAUGUGUCAUUGUUACCUCUGCAGUACAUAGAAAGGAUGGCUUUAAGUGAACGAACCCAUCAUUCUACGUCCAAUACUAAAGCAAGAAAAUUUUUCGAAAAUCGUCUACGCUCAUCGCCAUACCUCAUGGAGAAGAUUGUACGAAUGUUUUAUUAUGACUUUAAAACGUUUGACUUUGCUUUGCCGCCGGGUUUUGAAUAAAUAUGUUAUAGGUUGUUACUGUUGUUCAAAAAUAAAUGAGCCAUGUCAUAUACAUAUCAAAUUUUAAAAAUGAAUGUGAUAACCUUUAUGAUAAAUCUAACUACGGUAAAUUUUUAUAAGUAGUAGAAUCUAGUCCUGCACAAAUGCUAGACUAAAUUCAAUUUUUUGGCCAGGGCCAUAAACCGGUUUAUGGUGAAAGCCUCGGCUUUCCCACUCGCAUGUGCCCCGCCAGUCCCAAUCCUUUUAAAUUGUCUUCUUCCCGGUCUCUUGCUAUUCCCCAGGCCGGUCCUUUAUUUAAAUUCAUCAAGCUUAUAACUGGGACAUAACUUUAACGUCAGACAUGUUUAACACUUUUUGCAAGUCAAAUCUGUCGUUGCGGGACCUAAGCUGAGCUCAUAAGGCCUUAAUUAGGAGCUCAACUUACUUUUUUUUAAACCCGGCCUUCUGGCCUGAACAAUGUCUUGGCUUCUAUUCGUUUUUUUGUACUGUACUAUUCACAACCAGUCCUAGCGGAUUUAGACAUGAGAAACGGGCCUGAGCAAAGUUUUGGUAUGACUGGGGUUAACAUUCAGAUCCGUCCGUUUUGGAAGAUAUUUUUAAAAAACGAAAUGUAAGAAGAUACAAUCAAAUUAAAAUCGUCCCGUAAAAAAUAAGAAACAUAUUAUCCGAAAAGGGUAAGUCUAAAUCAGAUAAUUCUCUAAAGUUCAAGCUAAGCUAACACUUCAAACUUUUUGAAAUUAUCUCUAUUUUUAUUUUUAAAUUUAGUAUUUUUUCUUUUUUAAUGCAACACAAAAUAUACAGUUUAUUGUUUCUAAACAAAAAGUGGCACUUAAGUAUCAGAAGUUCAAAACAGUGCAAUGUGUUAACUUUGAUAUUGAUUUUUGUAUUGAUUGUGAAUUUAUGGGUUUUGAUACAAUAUGGAAUUUCUACUUGUCCUGCAAAUAAAAUUGAACAGGAUGAUAUAGAAAUAAGCAGAAGGCUUGAGCAGAAAGGUAGGUGAAUAUAUUUAUUUAAGUUUAUUCAUUUUUAGUUCAAAAAAUAUAUUCACAAAGAAAAGUUUGCAUGCAUAUCCGCUUAGACUUGAAAAGGCACCUGCUAGGACUGGCCCGCCUGCGGCCUGGUCCGAGCCAAAUCAACUCUUAAAGAGAUCAGGCUAGGCCAGGUUUUGCAAACCAUGGGUUGGAACCUAAAUGUAGAGCCCCAAGAGCCAAGGUUUAGAGUUGAAGAACGGAUUUAUCCGGUUUUACUUUUUAGGUCCUGCUUUUGCCCAAGGACCAUCUUUUAGACUUGGUUUUAUUUUUUCAAUACCAGUCUGACCUUAACAACUAAAGAGUUUACAAAGCUAGUUUGGAACACAUAUUCAGGUUAGGUCCCGCAACGAUAAAUUUGACUUAAGAAGUUGAAAAAAACGAUUUCGCAUAAGCGCCAAGAAUUUCUUUUAAGGAUAUGUUACAGAACAGAAGACUGUCCCAUUGAAAAAUGUCACACAGGAACGCACGGAGAUCUGCGAAAUAGAAUCAGUACCUUGGGAUGAAAUCAUCACUAAUAAUAGUUUCAUAAGUUCUUCUUUACAGCAUAGCUACAACAAGAUAUGUGAAGAAGAAGAUACGGCAUAUUGUGUUAAGCCAUUUUUAAGCACACCUCUUCCGUCAACUUUUUUUGUAGGUUUCCACUUUUCAAAAAAAAUUUUAAUUUAAAUAAAAUUUUAAUUUAAAAAAAACUUUUAUCAAGCGUAAAUAACAUUGUAGGUCCUAAAAACACACGAAACAAUUUUUUGCCCCAUACCAAAGACUAGCUCACAGCUAACACUGGCUAUUAUGUGCUUGACCAACGAUCCGCUUAGUUUCUUUUACAAUCAACAACAAAUCUUUAGAGACUACAAUCUAGCGUAAGCAAGUUUAUAUUUAACUAAUCAUACUUAUACAGUACUCUCUCUGUAUAAGCAACCAGAAGGGACCGACAUUUUGUGUUUACUACAGUGGUCUCUCUAUAUAGUGAGUCAUCUGUAUAAGCAACUCUCCUUAUAGUAAACAAGAAAUUUGGUCCCGCUAGUUCAAUUUUCACUAAUAUUAUAGUAAAAAGCCUCUCUGUAAAGACUACACCCCUUAUAGUAAACACAAAUUGUCGGUUCUUGCACGUUUCUUAUAUACAGAGAGUACCGUAUAAAGUGCCUUGCUACUUUCUAUUUGGUCCCGCCAAAAUUUUUUUAGCACUAAUACUGUUUUUAAAAACCAAUUGUUUUAAUUCAGGGAGUGUAACAAAACAUCAUUUCGUAACAUGACAGACGGCGAACUAACUUUUGGUUCUGACAUUAACAGUUGGACUAAGCUAGCUGUUGUCAGAGACCCAAUCGAUCGGUUUUUAAGCGCAUUUCUGUUCGUGUGUGUGCGUGGUUACGAAAAUGGCACUGAGUGCACACAUGCUUGCUACGGGUGUGGUGCCAACCUAACAUGUUUUGUGGAACGACAGUAUGAAGCUCUUAUGAAAUUUGAACCUGACAAUGAAGAUGACUUGUUUUUGAUGAGGCAUAUGUGGCCACAAAACUGGCGAUGCGAUAUGCAGCAGAAUUUAGAGGUUAGUUCUGUUUUGAUGUUCUUUAGUAACCUUUAUAUAAUACUGUAGAACUCGUAUAAAAGUAUAAAGAAAGACCUGGAAAAGGGCUCACUAAGUCCGGCCGGCUGCUUCUCAACUCGAACGUGGCCCAAAGUUUACUAAGCUAGGCCAAGUUGAAUCAAAUUUGAAAAGAAUCGGGACGUACCUGCAAAUAUAAGCUCCAGAACCUUCACUAAACGGGGGCAGGCUAAUUCAAACAAAAUCUUUUGUUUGUCAAUUUUUCUUUUCAGAACUUCACCAUCAUAAAAUACGACUCCAAUCCAAAAGUGUUUGUUCCAAAAAUCAUAGACUUCUUGGAAGCCAAGAAUGUAUCAACGCUGGCGACAAAGUACAUAAAGGAUGUUGUAUUAAAUAAAAGGACUUAUCAUUCUACAUACAAUAGCAAAGCACGAACUUUCUUUGAAGGACAACUAAGAUCUUCUCUAUACUUGAUGGAAAAGGUUGUCAGAAUGUAUUACCAUGAUUUCAAACUGUUUGGUUUUCUUUUACCUCAAGGAUUUGAAUAA